AUGGAUCCGGUGUCCGAGGAGCUCGAGCGCCGCAGCCACUACCUCAGCUCACUCAUCCGCCGCACCAAGCUCAAUGCCGCGCCCGCCCCGCCACCUCGUACUUCUCACCCGAAGCCGGAGACGAAGCUGGAGCUGGAGCGGGAGCGCUCGCCCAUCCGCCGCACCAAGCUCAAGCUCAACGCCGCGCCCGCCCUCCCUCCUUCUACCACUCACCCGGAGACCGGGAAACUGGAGCGGGAGCCGGGCCCUAAGAACCAGAACCUCGUUGAGGCCAAAGCGUUGGUGGAGAGGGAAGUGAAAGAGGGCGACGGAAAGGGGAAGGAGGAGAGGAAGGUCUCGGUGCGGGUCCGGGCGGCCGACAUGCCGGUGGUGCUGCAGCAGCGCGCGAUCCGGCUCGCCUAUGAUGCUGUCUCUGCAACACCGCGGGCCGACGGCAAGCGUCUAGCCCUCGCGCUCAAGAAGGAAUUUGACACGUCAUACGGCCCUGCUUGGCACUGCAUUGUUGGGACAAGCUUUGGCUCCUAUGUUACUCACACAUUGGGAGGUUUCUUAUACUUCUCUGUUGACAAGGUCCACAUUCUUCUCUUCAGAACUGCUGUUGAGCCAUUAGGCCAUCUGCGGUGA